AUGGCGUCGCUGCGGUUGAAGUUGACGAUGAACAGAAGGAGGCAACAGCAGCUGAAGAUGCUGGAGGAGGAGGUGAGCAUGAGGCGAGGAAGAGAACAUGCUGAGAAGGGAAGGAGCGAGACUGAGUCGGAUGUGCUCAUAGGCUCUGGCAUCUACCCGGACAACAAGGACCUGAUGGACUACAGGACUGACAGGAAGAAACUGCGGCGAGAGGAGAAGAUGUUGAUGAAAGAAAUGUUGAACAAGUCCGAAAAUGUCGAAGUUGAGGCAGUCUUGGGCUACUUGUCGGACAAGCAGGAUGACCUCGAUUCUAAGUUGCUUCCGAAGAGAACUAGAGAAAUCACAGAGAUUGAAAAUGAUCCACAGGAGACAAGAGAGGAUACUCGACGGGGUGACGGAAGCACGAGGGAGGGGCACAAACAGACCAGGAUGAACGGCAAGUUCUCCUCGGACAUCGAGGUCCGCCAGCAUAGCGAGAGCCCGCGUUCAUCGUCGAGGAGGCAGCAGCCCGUCUUUUCUGACUUGAAGCCAAGCAUGAAACGAUCCCCGAAAUCUCCUAGACAACCUGACCUUGUGCCGAGCCAAGCGCCGGUGCGGCAUGCGUACACCCAGACGCCCUCCAUGCCCAAGACUCCGCAUGCUCGCGCGAGGGAGCAGAGGAUGAGACAAUGGAGUGAUAGCCCCGCCGCUCCCCGUCGCUGCUGGAGCUCCGGCCGAAGCGAGAUGCUCGCGCACUAUGCGCAUAGAGAGCGACAUCACUCGCCUCUUCCUAAGGAGCUUCAUGCCGCCUUCAUGCCGACGGCAUCGGAGAUCGAGCACUGGUCCGUCAAGGCUCUCUCCCCCGCAAGGCGAUUUUGGUUUCAAGCAGCUCUCGCGAAGGCGAGAUGCACAUGA